AUGAAACCAAUUAAAGAUGAGCCAGAAAUAGAUCUAGAUGAAAGCAUUUCAAACUUAGAAAACAAUAUUUCAAUGAUGUCCGUAAGCUCUCCAAUCUCCCCGGGGUAUCGAACUCCGGCUAGGAAACCGGCAAGGGAAGCUCCAAUGACACCAGGAGAACGGAUUUUACAAAAAGUGGAAACGAAUCAAGAGAAAGAACUUUUGAAGCAACUCUACCCUGAAAUGUUUCAGGAUGCCUCACAGCCACCACCACAAAGGCCGAAAAAUAUCAAGAAAGAACUGAAAAUAGAGCCAAUGACUGACGAUGAAGAUGCUAACAAGGAAAACCGACCUCCUUGGGGAGCAGAGAAAGAAGUCAAAAAGCAAAGAUCUAGGAAAAUCGUAAUUUCUUCGGAUUCAGAGGAUGAAGGCGAAUUCGAUGAGUAUCUCAAAAAUCUUCGAAAAGAGCCAUCUAAACCGCCAAAAGCUGAACGAAAAGCCCGAACCACCCAGAAAAAGUUUGUAGUAGAAGACGACUACAUCAGUGAAGAGGAUUCAGGUGGAAGUUCAGAUGCUUCUGAAGAAGAAGAAGAAGAAGUGUCUGAUGAGGAGUUCAGGGAAUUCAGUCCAGAAGUCGUUGUGCCAAAAGUGAAGAGCAAGAAGAAACGUCCUUCGGAUGACGAAGAAUGGUUCUUGGUUUCACUCACGGAGAAUUACUCCGGAGAAAUUCAUAACGAUGCGAAAGUAUACGUCAAAGACGGUGCUCUUCGUUUGAAGAAGCAUCGGGAAUCUCUUCUGACUCGUCUUCAGGACAUACUUCUUCGCCGGAUCUUCUCAGCGAUCCCAUCUGACGAACUUGUUGUUACAUGGAAUCCACGUCUUCGAAAAUCAGCAGGCCAGUGUCGUAACCAUCGUAACGGAAAAAGUACCGUCGAGAUGUCUUCAGUAGUUUGUACAACAGCUGAACGAGUUCGAGACACUUUUAUUCAUGAGAUGUGCCAUGCGGCUGUGUGGGUAGUCGACAAACUGCACAAAGAAGGACAUGGACCUGGUUGGAAACGAUGGGGAGCUCGAUGCUCGUCUACUUUCAAGUCAUUGCCGUUUAUCGAAAGAUGUCAUGAUUAUGAGAUUGAAGCCAAGUUCUACUACGUCUGUGAGAAUGAUACAUGUACUGUGGAAAUAAAACGACAGUCAAAAUCUCUGGAUACUUCUCGAAAGGCUUGUGGAAGAUGUCUCGGGCGCUUCAUUCUCUAUCGCUACUGUCGCAAAACCAAUUCGAGAAUCCGUAUCGAAGAUCCGAAUAGGAACAAAUCUGUGUCAGCCACUGCCUCGAAACUAACAACAUCACCUCCAGCCGUCCGUCGUAACUUCACGAAGCAUCCAGAAGGAUUCCGAGAAUUCUCCGAGAAGCACUACUGGGAUUACAGUGACGCUGGGCUGAAGCAUUCCGAAGUUAUCGAGAUACUUUUGAAAGAAUUCAAUGAAAGGAAUAACCAAUGA